ACAGCGAUUAGUGUGCGAGUGAGAUAGCACGAGAUCGUCGACCGUUAGCGAUAAUUUCGAACACGAUUUUAAUUUCAGAAAAUUAUCACCACUGAAAUCGAACCACUUACGAAAUCGGAUAACUAUUACGAAAAAAUCACAGCGCUGUUCGUGUUGACGGACAUGCACAGGAGCAAGGGUUUCGGGGAUUUGAACGAAUACAUUGACAUACAAGCGUUGGAGUUCGACAUAAGACGUGGGAACAUAAAUUAUGAGUCCUGUGAAUCUGUUUCAUGGUGUGUCCAGUCAAACAUUCUCUACAGUGAUCGUCUCCUACAAACAGCCAUUAUGUUCUACGACAAGUUCAUAGAAUUGAAACGCAAAGAAGUCAUAAUACAUUCAAUCUUACAAGCGAAUAAGGAGGUUAGAUAUGCAACAGUUAUGUUUCUGAUAUCAGAGACGUGCCGUGCAGCCUCCCAACAACAAUACAUGCAGCUGUGGCGCGACUUGUUCGACUCUAACGAUAAGACGGAUAACUUAGUGAUGGAAUACGCGCCGUAUAUUGUUGAUGAUGUGAUGGAAUACUUUUUGGGAGUGAUGGAGGGCUUAGGCGGUGAAGAGAUACCGCCGAGGGUGACGUCACAGCUGUCAGUGCUGGUGCUAGUGCUGCGGUCACAUCCGCGUGCGCACGCACGUCUCGCGCGUGCGCUGUGUGCGGCGUCGCGCACGUGUGCGCGUGCCGUGUGUGCUGCUAUUGUGUGUGCUGUGUGUUCUGGGUUCUGUUACGAGAAUAUUUCAAUAGAACAGUGUCCAGAAGACGACGAGAAGUUACAAUGCUCGCUGGCGCUCAUUGAAGUGUUAGAUAAUAGCCCGUACUGCGAUACAGAGUUGAUCAUUGCUCUCGAGAUGAUAUUUACAAGUAACGUGGUGGCUGCGUCUACUUUGAGCAGAGCUCUGGUUGUAUUGGAGGAAGUUUUACAGAGAAAAGGAUCUGGCGACACAAGAGUGAUUGAAAUAAUUCGUCGAGUUGAAAAGAGAUCGAGACGGAUCGACAGACGGAUGAAAGACGGGCGGGUUUUAUAUAGAGAUGUAGUUAUGUUCCUAGGUAAAUACGGCGUAACUAAUGACGAUACGACGAAUUUGGACAAUUACCUAAUUGCCAGAUUGAAAAAUAAAAUAUUACUCGAGUUGCCAUACGACGAUACUACAUUUAAGAUCAACUUGCAAGGAGUCCUGCAAGCGGCCCUAGAACAAGAAGAUGUUGACGCUUGCAAGACACUCCGCGCGGUUAUCUGUGCCAAUUCGUGA